ACAUUAAGCCAAAAGUUUUGCCUGUUUCUGCACGUGUACGGAUGAAUGAAACAUUUACGAACUUCUAACCUUGAAAAUUUUAAACGUUCCUGUUUAUACAGAAGUAAUUGUUGAACAUUUCUUCGCAUAAUUAAUUGCAAAAUGACAGAUCAAGGCAUUCUUUCAAAAGAUGAUUAUGAAUGUGAAAUGGAUGGAACAAGUGAUGAUGAUAGCGGUGAUGAUUGGGAUGAGAUAACAGAAGAUUUAGAAUCUAUUCCGUGCCUUUUUUGUAAUGAAGUUACAAAUAACUUUUCUACGGCACUAGAACACCUUAUAGCUUCACAUAAAUUUGAUUUGAAGAAUUUUAUAAUUAAACAUUCUUUAGACACUUAUUCCUACAUUAAAUUGAUUAAUUUUAUCAGACAUAAAAAUGUUUUGUCUGAUCAAUUAAAUGCAUUAAGCAUAAAAACGUGGGAAAGUGAGGAAUAUUUAAGACCUGUUAUAGAAGAUGAUCCUUGGUUAAUGUUUGAUAUUGAAGAUUUAGAAGAAAAAACAACAAAACCUAUUGCAUAUACAGUAAAUUCAGAAAAUGGAUGUGUCACAUUAUCUGAGGCACAUUUUGCUGAAUUACAAAAAACAAUACAAACACUUAGAGCACAAUUAGAACAACGUGAAUUAGCAUGUUUUUUAGCAAAACAGCAAAUAGAUGAAAUGACAGAAAAAGUACAAAAAUUGAUCUUAGAUGGAGAUUUAGAUGAAAACAAUACUGUCAGUUCUUCUAGCAAUUCUAAUUGUAAUGUUGAUAAGAGUUACUUUGAUACAUAUAAUCAUUUUGUUAUACAUCAUGAAAUGUUAACAGAUAAAGUACGAACAGAAAGUUAUAGGGAUGCAUUAGUAACAAAUGCUAAUAGAUUUGACAAUUGUGUAAUAUUAGAUGUUGGUUGUGGAACUGGCAUUUUAUCCAUGUUUGCAGCAAAAACUGGAUGUCGUAAAGUAAUUAGCGUUGAUCAGUCAGAUGUAAUAUAUCAUGCUAUUGAUAUAGUGAGAGAAAACAAUUUAAGUGACAUUAUCACUUUAAAAAAAGGUCGACUUGAAGACAUUAAUCUUGAAGAAGAUAAAGUAGAUGUAAUUGUGUCUGAAUGGAUGGGAUAUUUCCUUUUGUUUGAGGGUAUGUUAGAUACAGUGAUAUAUGCAAGAGAUAACUACUUGACUCCUGGUGGAAUACUUCUUCCUAAUAGAUGUACACUUAGCAUUGUGGGAAGUGGUGAUACAAGAAGAUAUGUUGAACUCAUUGAUUAUUGGUCAAAUGUGUAUGGUUUUAAAAUGAGUUGCAUGAAAGUGGAGGUUGUUCGUGAACCGAGUAUAGAAAUUUGCAAUGCCGAUGAAUUAAUAACAAGUAUUGUUGAAAUUCAAUCGUUCGAUUUAUACAAAGUAACAAAAGAUUGCGUAAAUUUUUCAUCGCCUUUCGAAUUUAAAGUAAAAAAGACUGGGUCGCUGACUGCGAUUGUUGGCUAUUUUGAUAUCUUCUUUGACUUGGACAAUCCAAUACAUUUUAGUACAGGACCUCACUCGCCUCCAACACAUUGGAAACAAACAGUAUUUUCAUUGAGAGAGCCUAUUAGCAUUACUGAAGGUGAAAUUUUACGUGGUAAAUUAGUCUGUCGUAGACAUGUUAGAAAUAUUCGAGGACUCAUAGUUGCAAUCCUUAUUAAGAAUAUCAACCAAGUUUAUUACUUAGAAUAAGUCAUCGAUAUUCGCUUUGAAGUCCACUUAAUAGACGUAAGUGCCAAAAGAAAGGAAAAAAAUAAAUAAAUAAAAACAUA